UGGGGGGAGGAAUACUGCCCCAUCGUUGGUGUCAGUGGGGGGAGGAAUACUGCCCCAUCGUUGGUGUCAGUGGGGGGAGGAAUAGUGCCCCAUCGUUGGUGUCAGUGGGGGGAGGAAUACUGCCCCAUCGUUGGUGUCAGUGGGGGGAGGAAUAGUGCCCCAUCGUUGGUGUCAGUGGGGGGAGGAAUAGUGCCCCAUCGUUGGUGUCAUGGGGGGAGGAAUAGUGCCCCAUCGUUGGUGUCAGUGGGGGGAGGAAUAGUGCCCCAUCGUUGGUGUCAGUGGGGGGAGGAAUAGUGCCCCAUCGU